UUUAAAUAUUUAGUCUGUGGACAAAGCAAGCAACAUUUUAAAGCGGCAAAAUGUUAUGAUGUCAAUCAUUAUAUUGUAAACCAAACCAAGUUCUUGGUGUACUGUGUUAACCACUCAACUCUGUGAGAUAGCAAUAAUUUUUAAUUAAGUAAUCACAAUCCUUAAAAAAUGUCAACAAGAUCAAAUUCAAAAACCAAAGUCCCGUCACCUCAGGUACAAAAACGUGUCGAAAACUCAUGGAUCUUGCUCGUAAAAGAUUCUUUGCUAGAGAAUAAUAACUUUAAUAUUGUCACAUUACCGCAUCCUGCUGGUGGAAAACCUGUAAAGUACUGCUUAGAUGAUAAGAAUAAAAAGAUCUAUGAAAUAAUUUCAUAUGAUGAACCUUAUAGAUCAUGGUUUAUUGGAGAAACAGUUAAAUCUGAUGGCAGCGUUCAGAUGUGUACACCUGUCAACCCCAUAUUUUUAGUAUUGCCAAAGUUAAAAGAACAAUGUAGCAGUAGAGCAGUACCAUUAGAAGACUUGUUAUCUGAAAAAGGAUAUGAUAAAAUUCUUGAUUUUGUGCCCAGUUUAGACUGUAUAGCUGACUUGAAGGGUUCACAGGAAUUAAAAGCAUAUAAAUACAAUGAAGAGAAGGCCAUGUCCUGGUUAGAGGAUAGAGUUCGCAAAGUUUCGAAAGUAUUGAGGCAGAAAAAUAUCCAUGUUACACCUGGAGCUACUUCUGCUACUUUUGUGACCAGCAGUAUCAGUAAUGAUAAUGUUGAUGAAGAAUUCUUCUUAAAAUAUGCCUUUGAAUUAAUAUCUGGGUAUCUGCAAGAAGAUAUAGUACAAAAAUUAGAAAAAAUAUUCAACUUCAAGCCGGACUUGAUUGAAACAAUUGGUAACAAACGCAAGUCAGAGGUGGAUAGUAAUGGAAUAAAUAAGAAAAUGAAACUUGAAGAUGGGGAUGAUAAGUCUAAUAUAAAAAUGGAAGUUACUCCUGACAAGAACAUGAAUGUAGUUAAAAAAGAAAAGUCACUGACAGCCAAAGAAAAGGCAAUGCAAAAAGCAGCUAGUGGCUCAAAGACAAUAUCAUCAUUUUUCAAAAAGAAAUAAAUCAAUCAAUUUGAUAACUGGCACCAAUUAAUAUGUACUAUUUUACAUAACAAUUACCGUGAAAUAUACUAAAUAAGGCUAUAUGGCUUACUUACUUGAUUGGUCAAUUGUUGCUCGACAUUGAUCGAUCGCCGCUCAUGCAUCUAAUGCUUAUGAGCCCAGACGUGGCUUCAAACUAUUCAAGCACCCCUGAACAGUUAUGUGAGCAAGCCAUGUAAUCUGAAAUGAAUAAAUACUUGGUCAAUACUUUAUUAUUUAUGUAAAUAUGUAAAUGUAUUCAGAUGUGUCUUGUUUUUUAUAUCAAUUCAAUACUACAAUAAAAGACUGCAAAUGCUUUGUUCA